AUGACUUAAAAUACUUUGACCCACUGGAACUAGAAAGCCUUCGUCCUUCUUGCCGCUUCAACGCCGCCGGUAAACCAAAAAUCGCGCCACAAAACAGCUCCGAGCAUCGUCGUCGUCGUCGCUGCCUCAACAUCCCUAACUUACCGUCAAAGACCCUCAACUUUCGAUCCUUCCAGCAGUUUGUUCUCUCGUUCCUACAGAUUAACCCACUGUAGUUAGAGAACUCAGAGAUGGAAGAAUCGCGCGAUGGAGACUGGACCCUCGUCGCUCGAAAACCCUAUUUCGGCCUCCCAACUGCUUGCCCAGUUUGCUUGCCCGUUUACAUCUACCUCAAGUUCGCUCGUUGCCCUUUCAAUCUGGAGAUCAAUUCCGCUUACCCGGAUUCAGAUCAAAUUCCUUACGUUGAGGGUGGAACUUAUGUGGCUUACAACAAUGAAAAGGGCGGGGUUAUACAACAAUUGAAGCAAGAUGGAGUUGUUGAUUUGGAUUCCGAAUUCAGUUCGUUGCCAGAAUGGGUAUCAAUGAAAGCAAUGAUGAGUUCAUGGCUCGCUGAUGCAAUCACGUAUGAGCUCUGGCUAGGAUCUGGUGAAAAUUCUGCCAAGCAGAUUUAUUAUUCGGAUCUUCCUUGGGUGAUAGGGAAGGUUCUUUUUGUUAAACAAGUUUACGAUGUUAAGCAGCGAUUUAAUAUAAGUAAACAAAAUGCCGAGAAGAAGGAAGAAGAGAUUUAUGAUCGAGCAAAAGCUGCGUACAGAGCUUUGUCUACAAUGUUGGGGGAACAAGAUUUUCUCUUUGAGAACAGGCCAACAAGCUUGGACGCAGACCUUGUCGGGCAUGUGCUUUUCACUCUUAAAGCUUUACCCGAAGACUCAGUUAUCCGGGCUGCUCUCUUAGAGCAUGGAAAUCUCGUAAGAUAUGCUGAAAGACACAAGAACGAUUUCCUGACUUCUGGUCAAUCAAGUGCUUCUGCUUCAAAUUUCCAGCCACCACCAUCAGCAGCUCAAGCAAGUUCAAGUUCGAAACCCAAGAGGAAACCUAAGAGGGAGAAGACGGAAGAGGAGAAGAGUUUCCAACGGAAGGCCAAGUACUUCAUCGGUGCACAGCUUGUUGCAGUUCUACUGUUUUUGUCUCUCUUAGGCAGUUCAUCCAAAGCAGACCUUGAUGAAGAUGAUGAGGAUUAAGUUACGAGUAAAACCUGGUUCCUUGUAUAAACAAUUUCAUCACCCUGUUUCGUCGUCUCAUUAGAUUUUGAUUUAGUCAUAAUCAUUUCUUUCUACCUCUUUGAUAUCACUUUCAAUCUUCAGAGAUCAUAGUUGCUAACAGUUUCUGGAGUAUGUUCUUCCAUUUUGUUUAGACAGACACCGAGUUAAUAAGAUGCUUAGUGAUUGGGAUUCAACUAGUGCAUGCUUCACUUGGCA